CGUUUCACAACAUUCGCGAAUUCACACUAAGUGGCUGACAUCUGGCGGAUUUUUGCGUAAAUGCUGAAAAGGGGGAACUGUGCAAAAUUGUGAUAAGACAUUUUGAUAUUGUGGAAUAUUUUUCAACUCAAAUUUGCAACUGAAUGAUUCGGAUUUGAGUAAUUGAAAAAAUUCAUGACACCAGAACUCAUUUGCAAACGUAUUUUAAACAAAAAUGAGAAAAUUGUAUAUCAGCAAAAGAGUCGUUUGAUGUCUUUGAGUAAAGAAAAAAAAUUGUUGGCCACCAAAUUAUUAAUUUUUGCGUUGUGAAUUGUAAUCUGAUUGGUCAAUAGUCUCCAGUUCCCCCUUUUCAGACAAUAACAACAGCGAUCCAAGCGAUUCGUGAAUUCGCGAAUUUUGUUUUCUCUUUUAUCAUCAUUCGAAAAAAAAGUUUCAGAAAGUACAAGUGAUAUUAAAUCUCCGAAGAAAAAUCACUCUCAGACGGUAAUUAUCUUCAUUAAUCUCCAUUAUCGACCGGUUACUUCGUUUCCAAGCUUUUAUUUCGCAUCUCGAGCAAUCAUUUCAUCUCCAAAAAUUCGGUAUCAUUCAUUGCUGCUUCACCAAUCGUUUGGAUUAUUGGCUCAACCAACAUUGAUCCGAUCAUUCCUUCGAAUCUGUCCACGAAAAGCUUCACAAUUGACGCCAGUACGUGAUAUUCAUCUUGGCGAAGAGAAGAUGUAUUGCCUUCAAUGGUUAAUACCGGUGCUGCUGUUACCUAAACCGUUAAAUUCGCCGAUGCUGCAGACUCAUUCCGUAUUCAUGCUCCUGUAUCUGGCUGGAUUCUUCUUGGAGAGGAAACCGUGCACGAUGUGCAGUAUUAUAUUCAUAGCUGCGGUCAUUUUACUAUGCUACAGCGGUGUUGGAAAUUGCUUAUUUUGGACCACUUGCGAAGACACCAAUACCUGCGAAAGCGAAGUAUACUAAAUGUUCCAUCGAUUUCAUCUCCAUCGUCGUUUUCGUCGUCGUCGAAAUAUUUUCCAAUUUUAUACCAAAAUAUUUUUAUGAAACAAUCUUCGGGUAUGGCUGAAUCCAGCGAUGUAUACCUGGUUGCUCAAAAAUCGUUCACUUAGACACUGGAUACUUCAUCUGCGUCGGCUAAGCUAGAUCUUCGUCACUACCAUUUAUUCAUAAUCGAUGAUCGAUACUUCUACAUUCUACGUGUGCGAGUGCCCUGCAACUGGUGCUAAUUGAAUACGAUUACUCGAAUCAUGAGACUUAUAACAUUACGUUUUAGAAUCACCUUUAUUUGACCAUUUUUUUUCUCUCUUUUUUUUGUGUCUUUUUUUUUAUCCACAACGUACGUGUAAAGCUUUAAUUACAACCCUCCAGUUGCAUCGUACGUAUAGCUUUUGAUUAUCGGAUUAUUACCUUACCUCUAUUAACAACAAUGUCGAUAUAUUCGCGAAGGAAUGAUUUUUUCGUCAACUUUCUCUCUCUUUCGUUUAUAUUCGCACGUAUUCGUAAUCCAAAAAUUAUUAAAUAGUUAUUUUUGUACUUUUUUUUCUGUUAUGUUGUUUUCUUUUUUUGUAAUUUUUUCUCUUUUUUUUUUUACAAAACUAAGAUUAAGAAUCGAAGUACAUUCUUCGCGAGAUGACGAUAGGUUAUUAUUAAUUAUUCGUACGUUUGCGUGUGUCGUCUUUUGUAUAAAUGUACUGUAAGUAUGUAAUGUAUGUCUGCAUAUGUCUGUAAAAAUGUUGUCAUUUUGUUAUAAUAUUUUUGUUGUGUACUAGUUAAUCUUAAGAAAACUUUUUUUUACCAGUUCAAUGCGCUGUGUCAUAAUAUUAUUUACUUACGUAUAACGGAUAACAAGGAUACCUUCUUUUUUUUUAUUUUUAAUUUCUCAUCCUAGUUUACUAUACCGAUGUACGAGUAUAUGAGUCCCCAUAUACAAGUAUUUUAUAUGUUUUCAAAAUAUUACUAUUUAUUAUUAUUAUUUUUAAUUUAUUACCAAUGCUAUUAGAUUUAUACAACUACGAUUCUAUUACGAUUAAAAAUACACGAGUAUUGUUGAAAAAUAUGUACUACAUCGUCUCUCUCUUUCACUAUACGAGUAUGCCAAUACCUAGAAAUCAAGGUUGUUGCUUAAAAUUAACUAAUUAUACAUUCGAACUUCUC